UAAUAUAUAAGAGCAGCAGGGAGAAGAGAGGUGGGCGGAAGGGCAGAUGGUGUCGUUGAAGCUACAGAAGCGGCUUGCGGGCAGCGUGCUCAAGUGUGGCAGGGGAAAGGUUUGGCUUGACCCUAACGAAGCCAAUGAAAUCUCCAUGGCCAACUCCAGGCAAAAUAUCAGAAAGUUGGUGAAAGAUGGUUUCAUCAUCAGGAAACCGACCAAAAUACAUUCAAGAUCUCGUGCCCGCAGAAUGAAAGAAGCAAAGAGGAAGGGCCGUCACUCUGGAUAUGGUAAGCGUAAGGGUACCAGAGAGGCUAGGUUGCCCACAAAGGUGCUAUGGAUGAGGAGGAUGAGAGUCCUUAGGCGCUUGCUUCGCAAGUACAGGGAGUCGAAGAAGAUUGACAAGCACAUGUACCAUGACAUGUACAUGAAGGUGAAGGGUAAUGUUUUCAAGAACAAGCGUGUGCUGAUGGAAAACAUUCACAAAACAAAGGCUGAAAAGGCUAGAGAGAAGACCUUAUCUGACCAAUUUGAGGCCAGGAGGGCAAAGAACAAAGCAAGCAGGGAAAGAAAGUUUGCAAGGAGGGAGGAGCGUUUGGCUCAGGGACCAGGAGAGAGGCCAGUACAACCUGCAGCAGCGGCGGCGGCCACCCCUGCCCAGCCAGCCCAGGGUUCCAAGAAGUCAAAGAAGUGAGGAUGAUAUUGUAAGGAGGCUUGGCUCUGUAUUUAUUUCUCGUUCUUGAUAGCGUGGGAGUUUGAGUUAUCCCUUCUUUAUUUUACUUUUAGACAACAUUAGCUACAUGAUUUUGAGAGCAGCUUUAAAGUUUUGAUACGUUAUUCUCAUUGUAUCUGAGCUAUUUAUUUUCAGUUAUGCAUUAACUUCAAUUCUUGUUC